AAAUACAGCUAUGUCGGACCUCUCCCCUGCGACAGUUCUUGGUACCCUCGCGGCAGGUGCGCUUAUUAAGCAUCUGAGUGCUGCCUACAUAGCUAGCAAAGACUUCGUGUACGUUGGUAAAAUCUCUGAGCUGCACGUAUGGCCAGUGAAAUCAUGUGGAGGGUUAAAAGUAGACAAAGGACAAUGUGAACAUACAGGGCUGUUUUAUGGUGGAAUCGGCGACAGGACUUGGGUCAUCGUCUCACCAGAUGGCGGCUACGUCACUCAGAGACAGGAACCAAAGAUGGCUCUCAUCAAGAUCCGUCUCCAAGGCAACAUUCUAAUCUUGGAAGCUCCUGGAAUGCCGACAUUAGAGCUGCCCACCAAACCACAGACUAUUAGAUCGCAAGUCGGCAAUGUUAAAAUUAAAGUGGACACUACUGAGUUUUUGGACUGCGGGGAGAAGUCUGCCACCUGGAUAAACAAAUAUCUUGGACGACAGGGGCUGAAAAUUGGCUUCUCCGCGCCAGACCUUCACAAGAGGGACGCCAUAACAGCAGAGAAGCUGUGGAAGCAUAAUGCCAAAAAAGGCGACAUGCUGGCUUUCUCGGAUUAUUCAAGUUAUAUGUUGAUGUCUGCAAAAUCUAUGGAUGUCCUCAAUAGCAAACUCAAAAAACCGGUGUACAUCCUCAACUUCCGACCAAACUUCGUCGUGGAGGGGUGUGAGGCAUUUGAUGAGGAACAUUGGAGUGAGGUGAAAAUCGGCAAUGUCAAAUUUAGGAAUAUUGACGAUUGUACAAGGUGUCUCCUGACUACCGUUGAUCCUUAUACAGGGGAAAAAUCAAAGGAAGAGGAACCAUUAAAGACAUUAAGAACGUUUCGUUGUCGACCGGACCGUUAUGGCCCUAAACCUGUGAUGGGGAUCUGCCUGGCCCCCGAUUCUCUGGGUGGGGUCAGAGUAGGGGAUGAGGUUUUUGUCAAAUACAAGUAACUCCCCACCAACAGAUCUUCAUACUUAAAUACAUACACAAAUUUCUGUACUCCAAUAAAUACAACGGUGCAAUAUUGGCAUAAUUUCAAUUUGUACUUUUUCUAAAAAAAAAAUAUAAAUAUUUUAAAAUUUAUUUUAAGCAUUAUACUUUAAAGCACAUAUAGGUGAUCCUCUUUUUUUUUUCUCUUUUUCUGUCAAAUGGUUUGGUUAC